GGAGGAGGGAAGGAGAGUGUGAGUGGGAGCGCUCGCAUCCUUAUCUUCCUGUUCAGCAUCUCUGCUGGCUCUCUGGAUGAUCCCUCUCUCUCAUGUUUGAACACAGGCCGUUAUUACCGGAUUCUCAUCUUUUUGGGGGAUUGUAAAUUUUUACCUUUUUAAAAAUAGAGGGAAUAUUUUGGUGCAUAUUCAGCAUAAUUUGACGGCUCAGCAUGUGGCCCAAUGAGAGCUCUGAAAAUCAAAGGUGAUUAGAAGUGACCAACUGCCAUCCUUACAGUCAAACUCAAGGGACCUCUCAAGAUUUCUUUAGCUGUAAACACUCAAGCAGAUCAAAAGAACACCAACACAAACCAACACAGCUACAGAUUAUGCCUAUAUAGGCUCCUACGUGCAGUGUAGGUUAAAACAUCUCUGAAACCAUGGCGGACCCCUACCACAACAACAUUUACCACCAGGGAGACGGAGACAGCUAUGGGACGUAUGGACAGGGAGGACAGGACGGCUAUGGUUAUCAAACUGACUACCCUCCCCAGGAGGAAGACGCCGCCAGUGACGCCACUGAGGGACACGAUGAAGAGGAUCAAAUGUAUGAAGGGGAGUACCAGGGCAUACCCCAUCCAGAUGAGGUCAAGGCUGCCCGGAGGGCGGCAAGAGCAAAAGCUAGGACCGUGGCAGACGCCGUGUCAGAACAGGAGGAGCUUGCUGAACAAUAUGAGGACAUCAUGGAGGACUGUGGACAUGGGAAGUUCCAGUGGACCCUGUUUGUGGUGUUGGGUCUGGCACUAAUGGCGGACAGCGUGGAGUGCUUUGUAGUGGCCUUGGUGCUACCCAGUGCAGAGAAAGACAUGUGUUUGUCCCACGCUGAGAAGGGAAUGCUGGGUUUGAUAGUUUUCCUGGGAAUGAUGUUCGGAGCAUUUAUUUGGGGUGGCUUGGCUGAUAAAGUGGGCCGACGGAAAUGUCUGAUUAUCGUCCUGGCCAUGAACUGCAUUUCUGCCUUCUUCUCCUCAUUCGCCCAGGGAUAUGGCUUCUUCCUGUUUUUCAGGCUGUUCUCUGGAAUUGGAAUUGGGGGCUCCGUCCCAAUCGUGUACUCCUACUUCUCUGAGUUCCUGCAGAUGAACAAAAGAGGAGAACAUCUCAGCUGGCUUUGCAUGUUUUGGAUGAUGGGGGGCAUCUACGCCUCCUUCACCGCCUGGGGCAUCAUCCCUCGAUAUGGCUGGGGUUUCAGUAUGGGCACAGAGUUCCAGUUCCACAGCUGGAGGGUGUUUGUUCUAGUCUGUGCUCUCCCAGCUAUAGCGGCUUUUGUUGGGCUAAUAUUCAUGCCUGAGAGCCCACGCUUCCUACUGGAGAAUGCUAAACAUGAUGAAGCCUGGAUGAUCCUGAAACAGGUUCAUGACACCAACUGGAGAGCCAAAGGAGAACCUGAGAGAGUGUUUACUGUAACUCAUAUCAAGAUUCCAAAGACACAGGAGGAUGAGUUUAUUGAGAUUCAAACUGCAACUGGAACUGCUUUCCAGAGAUGGGUGGUUCGAACUUUGACACUGACCAAGCUGGUCAUAAAAAAUGUUUUGUCCCUCUUUGGUCGUGAUCUAAGACUAGCGACUCUGCUAAUGGCCAUCAUAUGGUUCACAAUGGCAUUUAGUUUUUACGGGCUUUCUGUGUGGUUUCCUGACAUGAUCAAACACCUCCAGCAUGAGGAGUAUGAAUCUAAGCUGAAAGUGUUUCACCGGGAGAAGGUGGAGCAAUUUCAUUUCAACUUCUCUUUGGAGAACCAAGUCCAUAAAGAGGGAGAAUACAUCAACGACAAGUUCAUCGACAUUGAGAUGAAGUCUGUGAAGUUUGAAGACUCUUUGUUCGUGGACUGCUUCUUCGAGAACAUCCGAUCAACAGAAACGAUCUUUGAGAACUGCACCAUCCGCAGUACUGUGUUUUAUGACACAGACUUGUAUGAAGAAAAGUUCAUUGACUGUACAUUCGAGAACGUCACUUUCCUGCACAACAAGAAAGGAUGCCAUUUAGACUAUGAGGAGGAGAACGAUGUCCUCGUCUACUUAGUCAGCUUCUUAGGCAGCUUAGCCGUGUUGCCUGGAAAUAUCAUCUCGGCACUCUUCAUGGACAAGAUUGGACGAAUCAAGAUUAUAGGUGGUUCGAUGCUUAUUUCCGCUGGCUGCACUUUUUUCCUUUUCUUGAGCUUUAGUCAGGCAGCCAUCAUAGCCUGGCAGUGUCUGUUUUGUGGCGUUAGCGUAGCAGCAUGGAACGGCAUUCAAGUCAUCACCGUGGAGCUCUACCCAGCUUCAAAAAGAGCCACAGCGUUUGGAGUCUUAAAUGCCAUUUGUAAGUUGGCGGCAAUAUUGGGAAGCUCAAUCUUUGCCUCAUUCGUAGGCAUUACCAAAGUCAUCCCCAUUCUGCUGUCCUGCAUUGCUCUGGUUGGUGGAGGAGUGCUGGCCCUGAAACUGCCUGAGACCAGAGAGAAGGUCUUGCUGUGAAAAUCUGAAGCUGAAAGUUUGGUCCAAGCCAUUGUAAAUGACUAUUAGUGUGGAGAUAGCUGCUGGCAUGUAUAAAAUUGGGCUUAUUCAAGAAAAAAAAAUACUUUUAAUGUCAUAAUAUGUAAUAUUAAAUUCCAAUAUUCAAAAACUACAAGGACCAACUGAUGGAUCUACUCCUAGUCAAAUAUUAAUGUAUAGAUAUGCCUGAUAUUUCAUAUACAGUAAGUUAAAGGCCUGUUGAGUCAUUUAGAGCCUCAAAAAAUACCUGCACUAGUUAUAUAGUUUCAGAAAAAUCUACAGGGAGUAUUAUAGAGAAAAACCUCUAGUGAAAAGUACAGCUGUCCCAGAUUUGCUUGGAUGGGGUAAUCAGAGUCAUGGAAGUCUCAAUCCUGUGCCAUUUCUUGGUCAAAAAAUUCAGGUACUGUUGCAGAUUUUCUGUUUAUCUUAUUCUAUUGCUUGUAAUUUGCUAUUGUCUCAACCUCUGCCUUUGCUUAUGAUGUAACCUCCACUGAUAAAAGGUGUAUUUUUGUCCUGGUGUUUGCAAGUGUCCUACUGUAUGUCAAGAGACUGAUCUCAAUGUGUCGCUGUGCGUUCGGAUGCUCGGUGCAGAAUGUGCGCUUGUGUUUGUUGGGUCACUGCAGAAACCAUUACGUGUGCUUCCUCUGUUUUCUAAUUUUGCUUUUUUACCUGUAAAUUGGCAGAGUACCUUACAAAGCUAGCCUUGCUUUACCUUGACUUUCACUAAAUGUGUUGUUUCUUAGUGCUCUCUCACUCUCUUUCUCUAUUGCGCUCUUAUUUUAUUAUUUUGAAUACUGUGAAUCCUGAAAAAGUCGGAUGGUUUGGUCACUUUGGACUUGAGCUUCACAGAACCACAUAUCUGUAUGUGUUGUUGGCUGAGUUGCAUGUGUGUAAGUUACCAAGUAAUGUGUCUUUUCUCAAUGUGUUGUCUGGAUGAUGUAAUGUAUGUCUCACUGCAAAUAAAACUGGUUUCCUGGUAA